AGGUGGGGCCACGUCGUCAGCGAGACAGAGGAGUAUUGGUUGGGGGGCUUUGGGGAUCGAGGCCGAGAUCGACGAGAGGAGGAAGAAGAGGAGAUCGGCGGCGAGGGGCGGAGCGAUGGCGUCCGGGUGGGGCAUCAACGGGAACAAGGGGCGGUGCUACGACUUCUGGCUGGACUUCAGCGAGUGCAUGAGCCGGUGCCGCCAGCCCUCCGACUGCGUCCUCCUCCGGGAGGACUACCUCGAGUGCCUCCACCACUCCAAGGAGUUCCAGCGCAGGAACAGAAUCUACAAGGAGGAGCAACGUAAGAUAAGAGCUGCUGCUCGUAAGGCCAAGGAGGAGGCUGAGGGAGCUCCUGCUGUUUCAGCUCACCAUUAGCCAUCCUGAUAAUUUCUCUGUGUGGCCGUGUGCUUUUGUUUUUGCUGUGAAAACUCUCUACUCUGAUGCCAAGAGCAAAGCAAUAAUUCUCCACCUUCAUGUUGGACUACACAGACUUUUUUCCUGCCCACACCAUGACUUGUUCUGUAUCGACUAUCGAGCA